AUGACAACUACAGUAAGAGCGUACAAGGGACUGAUGACCAAAAGAAGCCAAGUCGCUCUGGCAUGGUUGGAAGAAUCCACACAGCGUCUUCAACACCUGAAGGGAAAAAGCACACAACAAGAACAAGUCAAGGAAUUCACAAUGACUGUGGCGAGGUGUGACGAAUAUCUGGAACUUCUCGAAGCAUCCUUAACUAAACUCACGGAAGCCUUCGAUAAACUUCAGGAUACCACAGACGAAGAAGAAGAUCAGUUAGACAAGCACGCGGAGAUUGCUCAAGAGACUAUCAUGAAGUUAUACGCACACAAAUCCAAUACCAAGCAGAUGCUACAAGAAAUAACGACGGCAGCUACGCUCCGAACAAGUGGAACCGACCACCAAUGUUCUGCAGCAGAGUCCAUCGAGAAAAGGGACGGCUACUACGUACGCCUACCAUGGAAAGAGAACCAUCCCGAACUCCCCGAUAACAAGGCGCUAGCAAUGAAACGUCUUGCAAAGAUCCUGGAGAUAUAUCAAAAGGACCCGAAGACACUACAAGCGUACGACAACAUCUUCAAGGAACAACAAGAGAAGGGAAUAAUAGAAGAAGAGGUGAAUCGACGAAUCCUCAACAAAUCCGAUGGCCACAGACUCGUCGUCUUCAAUGUUGCUAGCCAGUGCGCAAUAGCAGCAUGCGCAUAUCUCACCUCUCAAGAAGAAUCCAGCAUCAUAAUGGCAAAAUCCAAAAUUCCAUCUAUCAAAACUUCAAUGACGGUUCCCAAGUUGGAAAUGAAUGCAUUAACGCUAGGCGUGCGAAUGUCCCACUUUAUCUGCGAUGCACUGGAACCACUUUGUAACAUCAAGGAGGUUAUCCUCUACACAGAUUCGGAUAUCGUGUUAGGAUGGAUACACACUCCUCCAUCACGUCAGAGCGCAGGCGUUUUGGUCACAAACCGACUAACAGAGAUAAGGCGAAUCAGCAAUGACCUCCGCGGUCGAAACACGACAUGUCUCUUCGGACACGUCUCAACAGCAGAAAACCCAGCUGAUUGCGGAACCAGAGGACUAUCAUCGGAAGCGUUUCAAAAUCACUUCUGGUGGACAGGACCCAGUUUCACGAGCAAGCCAGACCAUUCUAAACUGAACGCAAUCGAAGGAUCAGAGACGACGAUGAUGCCAGUGGAGACGGUGACUUUGGCAGUAACAGAAAGAACAUCUGAGAAGGAAUUAGUCGAUUUAACCAGAUUUAGCACCCUCGAAAGAGCUCAGAGAGUGCUGGUCUACGUUCUGCGUUUCAUACACAGAUCCAUAAAUCAUCUACCUCACGAAAGGAAGGUUGCUGUGCAAGAGCACAUAUCGGCACUCAAAGGAGUUUCGAUGUCGCAGACUAUCACGGGAGUUGAGAUGCAGGAAAGCCAAAUGUGCUUAAUUCGCGACCACCAGAGAAUUUACGUGGACGAACACCAAAUUAAGUCACAAAAGGACCUGAACAUUCAACGAGACGAGAGAGGAGUUUUACGCUGCUAUGGACGCAUGCAGCAAUCCGAUGUACCAAUCACAGCAAAAACACCCAUCUACAUCGCACCUAGAACAACGUUGGCACGUCUCAUCAUCUCAGAGAUGAAUAUUGAAGCACAAAGACAACACAAGUUACUUCUCAAAGAGAUCUCUGAUACGAAGCAGCAAAUUGUCGAGCUGGCGAGGCAGAUAAAGGAGAACAGACGGAAACGCCCGAGGGAAAGAAGCCCCGACAGACCUGGUCCCUCGCACUCUCCCUGGUGA